CUCAACCAAACGAGAUCGGCAUUUAAAUUUCGCAAUUCCAUUCCUGUCUAUUUCCCAGGUUGAUCAUGACCAACAGCAAAAUACGAGCUCGAUAUCCUAAUCUUGAAAGUUAUCUUGAGUCGUUGCCUUUUUGGUCUUCGACAGAUCAGAAAGCCAACGACAAAGUAUCUUUCCUCUUCUCGCGCUUUCCUGCUUCCAGAAGCACCCUCAAUGCACCUUCCUAUGACGAGAAAAUGGCAUUUUGGCGUGGGGUACUAACGGAAGCCUGUGGAUUGGGUUUACUUGGCGAGCAUGUUCUGUCCUUUGAUGCUGACAGCCUGGAAACUAAGUUCAAGAGAAGGGGACUUGUGCCGCUGGGACUCGGCACAGUUCUGGCCGAUAUGGAGCGAACUGGGGACCUUAUACCUCUAGCGAAAUAUAAACAACGAUCGGGCUCACCACAAGGAUGGGCUUCCUGGGCCGUUUCUUCGCUGAUCGUAGCACCGCUCUCGUGGGGCAUAAGUCAAAUUACUGGUGGUGGUGAACAACCAAAGUCCCAUAGCAUGCAUGGUGCUCAUGUCGUGAUUCCACUCGUUAAAGAAACCGCUGAAGCUUUGUUGGAGACCAUCCGGAAGGAUGCUCACUAUGCCUCUGAUCACGUACUUAGUAUGAGCAACUUCCAAGAGCAAUUCGAUAGGGCGGCGGAAGCCAGAGCCGGACGAAAGCCCUCCCACUUGGAUUUUGAGCUAGUGCAGGUUUACCUUCAGCAGAGCGGCAAUGUGUUGAUCGCAGAGGACCCUACCAACUCGGAGCGUGGAAUUGUGAAAGUAAAACCGUUGACUUCAAGCCAAUCGAGUCUGGUCAUUACGAGUACGGACCGCGGUAUUGUUACUCUGAAGUCCACAAUGGCCAUGCUUCACAAGCAGGUUGACGAACUUGAAGAGAGGAUCGUAGAUCUCACUAAGAUGGCGCAACAGCGUCUUCGCGCCGGACAAAAAGAGCGCGCUUUGUAUCACAUCCGGCAAAAGAAACUAGUUACCCAAGUUCUUGAGAAACGACUCCAUUCGGUGGAAACAAUUGAGGGUAUUAUUGGCAAGAUUCAGUCGGCGGAGACGGAGACAGAGGUUCUCACAGCUUAUGAUGCCGGCUCUAAUGCUUUGAAAUCAUUUAUUAAGGAAUCUGGUCUGACUGUGGAGGCGGUAGAGGGAACAAUGGAUAAAUUGCAAGACGCGUUGGCUGAUCAAGCUGAGAUUGACGAGGCCAUGGCUGUGGGCCAGAAUAUGAUUCUCAAGCCAGAAGAAGAUGAGGACCUUGAAAAGGAACUAGAUGCACUCCUCGCGGAGGAAGUAGAAAAGCUGCCGGUCGUGAACACAGAACUGGCGGUUGAGAAGGCAGAACACCCAACAGUGACUGGAUACGUACCGCCCGUGGCUGCACCGGCUAAACCCAAUGCCGCUUCAUCUUCGGCGAUCCCUAUUGCGACACAUGAGCUUGACGCCGAACUAGAUGCACUUCUGUUGGAAGACCAAAUAUCCGCGAUGGGGGCAACACCGUCCGUGGGCAAAGUUUCACAAAAGAAAGCGUCCCGCGACCAGAUACCGGAGGCCCUGCUUGCAUAAUCUUAACACACAUCUGUAUAUUAGCGCAGAGAAACCGGAGGCCAGUUUAUACAUAUAAUUUAAGUUAUGAGUCGUAAUAUAUACACAAUAUACACGCA